GGUCCAGUCCUUAAAUAAAUGACCACCUACCCGGAGCACCGGGCCAUGAAAAAAGGAACUCGCCCAAUCUCAACACAAGCAACACUACACCGAGCAGCUGUGUUUUUGUCAGAGCUGAGGAGUCGUCCAUACGUCCGCAAGAGUUAAACGAAAGAGUCCACAAUGAAGACCCAAACUUGUUUCGCCUUCUCCAUACAACUAUUUGCUAUUUGUUUUCUGGUUGGUGCCAUUUACAUAGUGAAUGGUGACUACUGUGAGAUAAAUGUCUGCAGUAAUGGGGGGAGCUGUGUGACUGGCCCCAGAUCCUCCUUCAUCUGUAUCUGCCCCGAUGGCUAUAAUGGGGACACGUGCAAUGACACCGAGACUGGGCCCUGCAACCCAAACCCCUGCAAGAACGAUGCCUUCUGCGACGUGACUGGCCAGAAACGCAGAGGGGACGUCUUCAGCGAGUACAUCUGCAAGUGCCAGGAUGGCUUUGAUGGAGUCCACUGCCAGAACAAUGUGAAUGACUGUGCCAACCAGCCGUGCCAAAACGGUGGCUCCUGUAGGGACCUGAAUGGAGACUUCAACUGCCGCUGUCCGUCCCCCUACGUGGGCAAGCACUGCCAACUGCGUUGUAUCUCUCUGUUGGGAAUGGAGGGCGGAGGCAUUGCUGAGUCUCAGAUCUCGGCCUCGUCGGUGCACUACGGAUUCCUGGGCCUGCAGCGCUGGGGGUCUGAGCUGGCACGCCUCAACAACAAGGGCCUGGUUAACGCCUGGACCUCAGCCUCCUAUGACAGGAACCCCUGGAUUGAGAUUAACAUGCAGAGGAAGAUGCGUUUCUCGGGCAUCGUGACGCAGGGCGCCAGCCGCAUGGGGUCAGCAGAGUUCAUCAAGGCCUUUAAGGUGGCGUCCAGUCUGGACGGAAGGACCUACACUAUGUACCGCCUGGACAGACAGACGAAGGAAGCUGUGUUUGUGGGGAACGUGGACAACGACAGCACCAAGACCAACCUGUUUGACCCUCCAAUUAUCAGCCAGUACUUCCGCAUCAUCCCCGUGGUCUGUCGCAAGGCCUGCACCCUGCGCUUUGAGCUGGUGGGCUGUGAGCUCAAUGUGUAUUCAAACACGGCAGGUUGCUCCGAGCCCCUGGGCAUGAAGUCGCGCCUGCUCGCCGACCGCCAGAUCUCGGCCUCCAGCGUCUACCGCACCUGGGGCAUUGAGGCGUUCACCUGGCAACCACACUACGCUCGGCUGGACAAGCAGGGCAAGACCAACGCCUGGACGGCGGACACCACCAAACGCAAUGAGUGGCUGCAGGUGGACCUGGAGUCUCCUAAGAAAAUCACAGGUAUCAUCACCCAGGGGGCCAAGGACUUUGGCGCGGUCCAGUUUGUCUCUGCCUUCAAGGUGUCCUACAGUGACGAUGGGCAAUUCUGGAGCAUAGUCAAGGACGAUGUCACCAGCACAGACAAGAUCUUCCCAGGCAACAGCGACAACAAUGUCCACAAGAAGAACCUGUUCGAGCCUCCGUUCUACGCCCGAUUCGUCCGCAUCCUGCCGUGGGCUUGGCACGGGCGCAUCACCUUGCGAAUGGAGCUGCUGGGCUGUGACGAGUAGCCCCGCCCAGGUCUCCUCUUUCCCCGCCCCCCUCUUCCUUUCGUUCCAAAACCUCCUGAGCCACACCUGCACUGCCUUGCUCAGAUCUGUAGAGGGCAGCAAAACACCACGCCACCACCACAACCCUGCCCCGACUAAUGGUUACUGCUAGAAUUGGGUAGGGGUCAUCUGAUCCUAGAUCUGUGCUUAAGGUCAACUUGUACCUCGAGCACACAGACUACUGCUGUGAACUGGAUGGACUCUGAAACUGUCCUUCCUAGAUCAAGGCCUCUGUGUUCAGAGUUUCAGAGUAGGAGUGUUGAUCUUAUUCAUUAUCAUCAUUUUUUUUUUCACAAAAGGCAAAA